CCGCAGAUAGGGGCUGCAAACGCACGCGGCGCUUAUGCAGGUGAGAAAGGGACGCUUGGAUUGAGAAUUGCGGGACACUAUGAAGAUUCUCUCGUAGGAAUUUCACAAUAUCUACAUCGGAAUUACAAUUGUCCGUGUUUGUUUCAUUUUUGUUAUUCCCGCGUGGUCAGAGGUUUUGUGCUGGGGAGUUUAUUUUGUAUUUAUUCCACUCCCUCUUGCCUGUAACUGUGUGAACUAUAAAACACAGACUGCUUGUUAUAAGUGAGUGGAGGUAAAUGAAUCAGAGCGCUCGGAUUCUGCUUGGAUAGGCAACUGGACACACAAUCACUGCGUCUCCACUGCUUCAAGGUAAGAGGACGAGACCCUCCGUAAAGUAGGCUACUGUAUCACCACAACUUGGGAAUCUGUGUGGGCAUUCCAUUGCCACUACUCCGUAUUGGACAUAUCUUCGGACGGGGAAAUUCGGAUUUUGACCAUUUACAUCAUUUCUAUAUUAAUCUUGGAAGAUUUUUUUGUAACUGAAAAGACUUGGACUGAUUUUAAAUUUCAAUUAAAUAAGAUAGCGUUUCUCUUUACGCGCAUAAAAUAUUCGGAUUCCUAAUGAAUUCAUGGCAUAUGAUAUGACCGGACUGAACGGACUGUUUCGAUUGUGUUUUGCCCAGUUUUUAUUGAAAGAAGGAAAGAAACAUUAAUUCGGUGGAAAAGGGGGAGAGGAGAGCCCGUCCACUUGCUCUUAUUCAGUGCAGUCGAAGCGAUGUGGGAAGACGUCCGGAGGAUGAAGUCUCACACCUCCUGAAAUGGAGGACUACAAAUAAUCCGAGAACGAAAAUUAUUGUUUUCCAAACAGUAUACCAGCAAGUAAACGGCAUCCUCAUUUGAUUCAAGGCUUUAAAAUCCAUUCAUUACAUUGCGGGGAACAAUGAGGACUACUGGCGCAGUGGACUAUUUAUGCUACAGUAUACUCAUCCUGCAGCUGCUGAAUCAGCCUGCUGCUAAGCAAGUGCUCCGAUAUCGCUUGGCUGAGGAGGGACCCGCGGAUGUCAGGGUAGGGAACGUAGCCGUGGACCUCGGAAUCGUUGCCGGGUCUGGCGAGGUGACAUUUACCCUCGAGUCCGGAUCUGAUUUUUUCAAAAUAGAUAAUAUAACAGGCGAGCUGACCACCAAUGAACGGCGUAUAGACCGUGAAAAAUUACAGCAGUGUCAAAUGAUAUUUGAUGAAAACGAGUGUUUCAUAGAUUUUGAAGUGUCAGUAAUUGGACCGGCGCAGAGCUGGGUUGACCUGUUCGAGGGGAAAGUCAUUAUUUUAGAUAUAAAUGAUAACACCCCGUCUUUCCCAUCUCCCGUGCUGACCCUAUCGGUGGAGGAGAACAGGCCGAUUGGCACUCUCUAUCUCCUACCCACGGCCACCGACAGAGAUUUCGGUAGGAACGGAAUUGAGAGAUAUGAGCUUAUUCAAGACAGCGGGGAGAGCUCCAGGCGCCUGGGCUCAAGCUCGGGUGGUCGCGGGGCUGACAGGAGAUUCGACGAGGGGGCAGGCAGGAGCAGCGUCUUUGAACUGCAAGUUGCUGACACAACCGACGGGGAGAAGCAGCCGCAGCUCAUCAUUAAAGGGGCACUGGACAGGGAGCAGAGGGACUCUUAUGAGCUCACCCUGCGUGUUAGGGAUGGGGGCGACCCCCCACGCUCUUCCCAGGCCAUCCUGAGGGUGAUGAUCACUGAUGUGAAUGACAACAGCCCCCGCUUUGAGAAGGCUGUGUAUGAAGCUGACCUGCCGGAGAACAGCUCCCCUGGUGCCCCCAUCCUGCAGCUGAAAGCAGCUGACGCAGACGUUGGGGUGAACGGUCAGAUUGAGUAUGUAUUCGGAGCAGCCACAGAGUCAGUGCGUAGGCUAUUGAGGCUGGACGAGAGCUCUGGGUGGCUGAGCGUGCUCCAUCGUAUUGACCGCGAGGAGGUGAGCCAACUGCGCUUCACUGUGAUGGCGAGGGACCGAGGCCAGCCGCCCAAAAUGGACAAGGCCACCGUGGUUCUCAACAUCAAGGAUGAGAACGACAACGUGCCUGCUAUCGAGAUUCGUAAGAUCGGACGCAUCUUCCUGAAGGAUGGAGUGGCCAACGUGGCUGAGGAUGUAGUGGUGGACACGCCUAUAGCUUUGGUCCAGGUGUCAGACCGCGACCAGGGGGAGAACGGUAUCGUGACCUGCACCGUGGUGGGUGACGUGCCCUUCCAGCUCAAACCGGCCAGUGAGAUUGAGGGUGAGAUGAAUAAGAAGAAAUACUUUCUCCAUACAUCAGCGCCGCUGGACUACGAGGCCACACAGGAGUACAACGUGGUCAUCGUGGCGGUGGACUCAGGAAGCCCUAGCCUGGCCAGUAAUAACUCGCUCAUCGUAAAGGUGGGCGACUUCAACGACAACCCACCCAUCUUUAGCCAGAACGUGGUGGAGGUGUCCUUUCCAGAAAACAAUGCCCCCGGUGAGAGGGUGACCACUGUACAGGCCAUAGAUGCUGAUAGUGGCAAGAACGCGGAAAUCGCCUACUCCCUCGACUCCUCUGUGAAUGGGAUAUUCUCCAUUGAUGCCGACAAUGGUGACAUCAGAGUAAACACCAUUCUGGACAGAGAACAAACAGAGAGGUACCAGUUCAAAGUGAUAGCUAAAGAUAAGGGCAUGCCCAUACUCCAGGGGUCAGCCACUGUGGUAGUCUUAGUGGCUGAUAAGAAUGACAAUGAGCCUAAAUUCAUGCAGGAUGUGUUCACCUUCUACGUCAAAGAGAACCUUACACCCAACAGCCCUGUUGGCAUGGUGACCGUCAUUGACGCCGACAAAGGCCAGAACGCAGAAAUGAGCCUCUUCAUCGAGGAAGAGGAGGAGAUCUUCUCCAUUGAGAACGACACAGGAACCAUUUUCUCCACCAUGUCGUUUGACCGCGAGCAGAAAACCACCUACACAUUCCGGGUCAAGGCUGUGGACAGCGGAGACCCACCCAGAUCAGCCACUGCCACCGUAUCACUCUUCGUGAUGGACGAGAACGACAACCCGCCGACCGUUACCUUCCCCAUCAAUAGCUCAUACACCCUCCUGCCCCCCUCCAGCAAUGUUAGGACUGUAGUACGAACUGUCAUGGCCACCGAUACCGACACAGGGAUCAACGCUGACCUAAACUACAGUAUCAUCGGGGGCAACCCUUUCAAACUGUUUGAGAUCGACGGGGGAAGUGGGGUCAUCUCACUGGUGGGGAAGCUGGAGCAGAAACACUAUGGCCUCCACAGACUGGUGGUCCAGGUGAACGACAGUGGCCAGCCCUCGCAGAGCACCACCACCAUGGUGCAUGUCUAUGUCAACGAGACCCUCUCCAACUCCACCAUCGUUGAGGCCCAGGUGGCUAAGAGCCUGGGCACUCCGCUCAAUACCAACAUCGCCGGUGACCCCAACUACGACCUGGGCAAGCAGCGGCUGAGCAUUGUCAUCGGCGUGGUGUCGGGCAUCAUGACGGUAAUCCUCAUCAUCCUCAUCGUGGUCAUGGCUCGCUACUGCCGCCCCAAGAACAAGAAUGGCUACGAGGCGGGCAAGAAGGACCACGAGGACUUCUUCACCCCUCAGCAGCAUGACAAGGGCAAGAAGCCCAAGAAGAACAAGAAGAACAAACAGCCGUUGUACAGCAGCAUUGUCACCGUCGAGGCCUCCAAGCCCAACGGCCAGCGCUACGACGGCGUCAACGAGAAGCUGUCCGACAGCCCCGGGAUGGGCAGGUACCGCUCCGUUAACGGAGGGCCCGGAAGCCCGGAUUUGGCCCGGCACUACAAGUCCAGCUCGCCACUGCCCACGGUCCAGCUCCACCCCCAGUCGCCCACGGCCGGGAAAAAGCAUCAGGCUGUUCAGGACCUGCCCCCUGCCAACACCUUCGUUGGCACCGGAGAUAACAUUUCCCUUGGAUCUGACCACUGCUCCGAGUACAGCAGUCAAACCAUCAACAAGUACAACAAACAGCCGUUCCGCCGAGUGACCUUCUCGGUGGUGAGCCAACCCCAGGACCCACACCAGCAGGGAUCGCUGCAGAGCUGCUACGACAGCGGGCUGGAGGAGUCGGAGACGCCCAGCAGCAAGAGCUCUUCGGGGGGCCCCAGGCUGGGUGCAUUGCCCCUGCCCGAGGACAGCUACGAGAGGACCACGCCGGAUGGCAGUGUCGGUGAGGCAGAGCAUAUGGAAAAUGACACCCGGACCUUGCCUGACGUAGCCAUGACAGGCAAGUGCACCCGGGAAUGUGACGAGUACGGCCACUCGGACUCCUGCUGGAUGCCUGUGCGCACGUCGCCCGAGCGACGGCCCAAGACGACCACCACCCAACAACCAAAGCUUUCCACCUUCAUGACCAGUGGCGGUAGUGGCAGCAACCCUCCCGAGCAGCAACAACAUCCUGGCAGCCAGGAAGCCCUGGUCGCCAUGGCCAACGGAGACCCCUCCUCUCACGUGAUGCUGGGCAACGACCGCAACCGCAACUUGCUCAAUAAGAAGAUGGCCACCUCCUCGUCCUCCUACGAAGCUUUCGGCUCGCCCAGCUUCAGCCCGCCGGGGGUCGAGGAGGGGGUGGUGGUGGGUCAUCCCAUCGAGGAGAUCCCCCUGGCCCCCACCGGGGAAUACAAACCCUCAUCCUGUGGCACGCUCACCCGCCGGGAGGUCUACCUGUGAGGGGGGGCGGUGGAGCUAGCGCCACGGUAUGCAUGGUUCUAACAACAACAACAACAACUAUAGUAGGCAACCACGACGACAACAACUGAAGACACUUUUUGCUGUACCAGACCGACCUUAACUGAGCAGGAAAGGUCCAAGGAUAACCCCUCUCCUAGACAACAACAAACAUCAAAAACAACAACGUGAAACAAUGCUAAAAUCAACGUGGAUACAAAAAUAAUCCCUUUUUGUAAUUCAGAUUCUGACCUUAUCUUGCAAGAGGAAGAGGAGAAUGGGGCUAUUGGUGGGACUUGAAGCGAGACAUUGGAUAACUGCUGCCGGCCGGCGAGUCGGGCCAAUGGGAACAUUACUGCUGCCUGAUGAUCACCACUGUACAAUUACCAACUCAUUUUCAUAAAACAUGCAUGCAUUAUCUCUCCCUGACCCCACCUCCCAAAGACUGUACUGUACAAAAAGAGGACCUUCAUUUUCCCCCCCCCCAUCGUUUUCUAUAACUUGAGUGUGACAAUGAAACGUGUGACAGAGGACCGAUGUCAUGCCUUUUGGGGACUUAGUGGCACUCCCACCCUGAUGCAAAUGUCAUAUACAUUCAAUAAUGUGUCACGUAACACAUGUCACGUGUCAUGACCCCCCCCACCCUGUGCUACUUAAGUUGCGUUCCUCCAAAACACAACCAAACAACAACAGACUGUGAAAGCUACUAGCAUGGCAUCAUAGAUCAUAACAUUUGGGAAAGACUAAGCUUUAACUUUCUGUCCUGUGGAUAAGACGGUGCAUAUCGCCUCAUUCGUGGCAGAAUAUCAUUGACAAAUGGAGGAGUCAAUACGGUUGGCAAUGUCCUAGCCAUAGGAGUACAUGAAACACACAAUGUACGAUGAACUGAUGUCCAAGUAUGCUUAUUUAUGAGUGUGCUCACUUUGUCUCUCUCAUAGACACCAACACAAGUGUACGUUGUACAUAUACAUCGAUUCAGACCCUUUGACCUUUAAAGCUCACUUGUCUCUCUACCUUACUCUGCCUCUCUUUCUCUGUCUUUGGAUGGCCUGAGAGUUGAAGACUAAACCGCCCUUCCAGAUGUAAUUUUCUAUCUAGAGCCAAUCUGAAUUGGUUGUCGUUCUUUGCUUGAAUUGCGUAAUAUGUGUACGUGGUUGUGCAUACUGUAUCACCCCCGGAAAAUAUUGAUUCCUAUUCAGAUGAAAGUUAUAAAGCUGAUUAUGGUUAUUCUCUUGCCCACACAGACAAGCAGACACAAAUCAACACACACAGCUAACAUGUCAUGGUUACACUUUAGGUGAGUUAGUUGAGGGGAAGUGCUGGGUAUGUCAGAGUGAACAUGACAGGGUAGGUUGAGCUGAACCAGAACAGGGAUGUGGUGAGGUUUUGCCGUGACAUUUAUUUUGUGUUAGCGUGUGUGCUAGAUUGAACAGUACAUGCCAUAUGGUACAUAACACUGACACGAACACACUAUCUAUCGUAUAAUAGUAAGCAUAGACAUACACUCUAAGUCCAUGUCCACCUUCCCCAUAAAUGGAGAUGUCACUAAUGGCGGAAGUAGAUUUUCAUAUUGACACAGACAGGCAUCUUUUUGAGCAAGAAUGUAAGAAUCUGCUCAAUGAAGUACAAUCAAAAAUACCUGCUGAUGUACAGUCAGAAAAAGGGGUGUGAAAAUACAAUGGUUUAACAUUGUACCUUACAAGUUAGUAUGAACGAGAAACCAAAACGUAGGGAAUACAAAAUUGGCAUAUGGAUUCAUCAUUUAUCAGAGUAACUACAAUACCACCUAGAAUUAGCUUUGGGUAGUUAUGUUGCUUUAAAUACACACGUGUAAAUGCAUAGUGAGAGUACGGGCUGAAUUGAACAAGGGCACAACAUGUAGGAGAAUAUCUGUUGUAGUUUGGACUGACACAACCAUAUGCACACACACACACACACACACACACACAUAAUAUGAAGACAUUGUGCCUCCUUACCCAUCGCAAGUUGUGUUUUUCUACCGGUACUGUAAGUAGGCACAAGGUCUUGCCGCCAUAACGGAGAAAAAUGAAUUUCAGAUGCAAUGGAAACCCUUGUAUAUGUUAGCUAACCCUUUGGUUCAAAACAACUGCUAUUUGGCAGUCCACCAAUCUGUAGUCUGUAAGUACUACUUGUCGUUCGAAGAAACGCUCCUAUGCUUAUAAACUGUAUACAUAAAUAUGUACUUUUUACUGCAUGUUUAAAAGGAAUUUACUUCACUUAAUGAGGAGAAUUAAAUGUCAAAGAAAAAUGUACAAAAAAAAAAUCCUUAACCGGUGAACAUGGAGGUCCAUCUUGUUGCUUGCUUUGGUUUUACCUAACAGACAUUAGCCAUGUAGUACGAUUAAUAAGUAUAUCGAUUUGAAGAGGAAGAAAUGUAUGUUUAUUUAGCAUAUUUCUUUCAUGUUCCAUCAUAUUUUGUUGAUUGUUGGUUUUGUUUUGUUCCUUUCAGACACAUUUUCACAGCGUUCCCCAAUUCCAUUGAACAGUUAACCCUACAGUUAACCCUACAGUUAACCCUACAGUUAACCCUACAGUAAACCCUACAGUUAACCCUACAGUUAACCCUACAGUAAACCCUACAGUUAACCCUACAGUAAACCCUAAAGUUAACCCUACAGUAAACCCUACAGUUAACCCUACAGUAAACCCUACAGUUAACCCUACAGUAAACCCUACAGUUAACCCUACAGUUAACCCUACAGUAAACCCUACAGUUAACCCUACAGUUAACCCUACAGUAAACCCUACAGUUAACCCUACAGUAAACCCUACAGUAAACCCUACAGUUAACCCUACAGUAAACCCUACAGUUAACCCUACAGUAAACCCUACAGUAAACCCUACAGUAAACCCUACAGUGAUAACAGAGAUUCAGUUGAAGUAGUCCUACCCUACAGUAAACCCUACAGUUAACCCUACAGUAAACCCUACAGUGAUAACAGAGAUUCAGUUGAGGUAGUCCUACCCUACAGUGAUAACAGAGAUUCAGUUGAGGUAGUCCUACCCUAUACUGCGUCCUCACCUGGAAAAGUCUGACCUACAUAAUACAGUGAGACGAUUCACAACUCUCUACCGGCGCGGCAUUUACAUUUCAUUUAUCCCUCUUUUUUUUUGUAUUUGAUAUACAAUAACAAUCAGAAUAUUGGAAAUGAUCAUCAUUAUGCAUUUUAUUAGUUUUUUUUUCUUAUAUUUUCUGGUGCAACUUUGUAUAUUUAGAGCUUCUGUAAAAAAAAAAAAAAAAAAAAAGUAAAAAAAAAAAAAAAAAAUGUAGAGUGAAUGCAAAAUAUGCAAUUGUGCCUUUUUAUACCGAUUGGUAUGAUUCAAUGUUGGUUUGGAAUGGUACAAAACCAAUUAUGCUGACAUGCUUUCUAAAAGUAGUGGGGAUGAUAUUAUAGUCCAAUUUUAAAUACCUCCUGAGGAACUUGUGCGAUCGAGGAACGAUCCAGUUACUUUCUGUCUUCUCGGGAUGUGACCAGUCAAAUGUUUGUAAGCCUGUUGACACAGUGUGGUACAAUGAUGUGGAGUGGCUAUUGGAUGGGUCUCAACGUGGAAUGUUCAAGGUAUUAAUAUCCAUUCCUAGCAUAGUGUACUUUCAUAACCAAAUGACUACUUUUUGUACUGCUUAAUACUAGUAAUAAUGAUGACGUAAUGGAAAAAUUAUUAUUCUAUUGCUACAGUGUUCUGCUGAUGUACAUAUUCAGUGCGACAACCUUAUGUGCAUGAAACAACUCUCCUGGAUUGAACAUAUUGAGUGUAGUAGAAGAAACGCUUGGAGACAUUUGACAGUUCAGGACGCGAGGAAGCCGAUAAAUGCUAAAUGCAGAGGUUGGAAAAGUGAGGAGUAAAAAAAAAAAAAAAAUGCUGCAAGGUCGAGAUGCUGACAGAAUGCACACCUCAGGACGUAAAUAACCCCUAAAAUACAUUUACAACACAUGCAAUACAAACAAAAACUCAACACAUACACACAUUUUUACAAAGCAUGGUGCGUUACAACACUGGAAACAAGAAAGAAGUUGUAUAGUGGGUUCUCGUUGUGUUAUACUUUCAGUGAACAUAAAGGAAAUUGCAUGUCUGUGUUUCUAGAAAGACUGAGAAAUUUCUAUAUAGUGUUAUAAUAAGCUUUUUUGGUUGUCAAAAAAUGCAAUUCUUUACUCAAACAUUCAAUAGGCUACUUGUGCUUACUUCUAAAUGUACAAUAUUAUCCGAUAGAAAAGAAACAGGGACAAUAUCAAAUGGGUCCUUCCUUGACCUGGUAAUCCACAGAUGACGGUCAAGUUUGGUUUUUAGAAGAAAAA